AUGAGCGGCACAAUUUUUGUUACGGUCGGAACAACCCUGUUUGAGGCGCUGAUACAAGCUGUUUCCACGGAUGAUGCUCUACAAGGGAUGGUCGAGAACGGGUAUUCCAGUUUAGUCAUUCAAUAUGGGAAAGGCGCCAAGCCGCCAAUCCUGUCUUCGCCAUCUCUGAAUGUUGAGGUAUAUGCGUUCAAGCCAAACUUGACGAGCGAUAUGAAAGCGGCGGAUUUGAUCAUUAGCCACGCUGGUGCUGGGACAGUAAUGGAAGUACUGCGUCUUAAAAAGCGAGCCGCGGUUGUCAUCAACACAAUGUUGAUGGACAAUCAUCAGACAGAACUUGCCGAUGCUAUGGGCGAGCGACAUCACAUACUU